AUGAAGACUGAAAUUUCAUUUUUCAAUGGGCACUUACAAGUUGAAGAUUUCUUGGAUUGGGUUGUUGAAGUGGAAAGGUUCUUUGAACUUAUGAAGGUUCCUGAGGCGAAGAUGGUGAAGCUAACAGCUUUUCGUCUCAAAGGAAGUAUUGCAAUCUUUCGAUCUCUUUGUACCGUCAAUAACAAGGUGUGCAGUUUAAUUAUCGAUGGUGGCAACUGCGAGAAUCUCAUAUCCAAAAAAGUUGUGGAUUAUUUAAAGUUGCCAACAAAGAAGCAUGAAUCACCUUAUUCAUUGAGAUGGGUUUGGGGCAAUAUUUUGGGAUAUUUUGUGUUCAGGUCCUUGGUUUGGAGAUGGCCUUACAAGUCUGAGGUUCUUUGUGAUAUUAUUGAUAUGGUUAUUAGUCACAUUUUGUUGGGUAGACCUUGGCAGUUUGAUAUAGAUGCCACUCAUAAGGGACGUGAUAACAUAUAUGGAUUCAAGGAGUUGAUUGUUGAUGACCUACCCAACCAAUUACCUCCCAUAAGGGAUAUCCAACAUCAAAUUGAUGUGGUGCCUGGAGCAAGUCUCUCCAAUCUACCACAUUACUGCACGAGUCCCAAGGAGAAUGACAUUCUACGAAAUAAGAUAGAAGAGUUGCUGCAAAAAGGGUUUAUCCGUGAGAGCAUGAGUCCUUGUGCAUUCCCAGUAUUGCUGGUGCCCAAGAAAGACAAUACAUGGCAUAUGUGUGUUGAUAGUAGGGCGAUCAACAAAAUUAUUAUCAAAUACAUAUUUUCAAUACCACGACUGGAGGACAUGCUGGAUGUGUUGGAAGGUUCUAAGGUGUUUUCGAAGAUAGACCUUCGAAGUGGUUACCGUCAGAUUCGAAUCAAGUCGGGUGAUGAGUGGAAAACUGCGUUCAAAAGCAAGAAUGGCUUAUACGAGUGA